AUGGUGUCCAUUGUGGUAACAUCUGUUGUCUUGACAUCAAUCCUAAUUAUCACCGUAGUUUAUUGGUUGGUGAUGAAGAAGCGAAGAAGAGGGAUAGACAUACAAGAAAGUGAUGAAGAAAAUGUAGAAUUGCCCAUCUUUGAUAUGGUCACCAUUGCAGGGGCAACUAACAACUUUUCUGAUACAAAUAAAAUUGGAGAGGGGGGAUUCGGCUUUGUUUACAAGGGGCAUCUAUCAAAUGGAAAAGACAUAGCUGUUAAGCAACUUUCGACGAAAUCCAAACAAGGUCUUAAGGAAUUCAAAAACAAGGUUAUUUUGAUCGCCAAACUUCAACACCGUAAUCUAGUUAGGCUUUUGGGCUAUUGCAUCUGUGGAGAAGAACGAAUGCUAGUUUACCAAUACAUGCCUAACGGAAGCUUGGAUUCCUUCAUUUUUGAUAUCAUUGUUGGGAUUGCUCGAGGGGUUCUUUAUCUUCAUCAAGAUUCGAGAUUGAGAGUCAUUCAUAGGGAUCUUAAAGCCAGCAAUGUGCUACUUGAUAGUGAGAUGAAUCCUAAAAUUUCAGAUUUUGGCUUGGCUAGGGCUUUUGGAGGUGAUCAUGGUUACAUGGCUCCCAAAUACACAAUCGAUGGCCUAUUUUCAACAAAAUCUGAUAUUUUUAGCUUCGGAGUCAUAGUUUUGGAGAUAAUAAGUGGCAAAAGGAACAGAAAAUUCCAUCACGAAGACCAUGAUCUAAACCUUAUUGGACAUGCAUGGAAACUUUGGAUUGACGGAAAGGCUUCCAAGUUAAUAGAUCCACUAACGGAAGGAUCAUUUUCAAUGUCUAAACAGUUGAGAUGCAUACAGAUUGGUCUCCUAUGCGUGCAGAAAUGUCCUAAAGACAGACCGUCUAUGUCAUCGGUGGUCUUAAUGUUAGUUUAUGAGACUGUAGUUUUGGCCCAGCCCAAGCGACCUGGCUUUUACAUUGAGAGUCCCAAAGAGACGCAUGAAGGUUCGCCGGCUAAAAGUUAUGCUAGCAUCAAUGAAGUUACAAUAACUCACCUAGAGGCUCGCUAA